GCCACACUCACGUCUUUCCAUUUCCAGCCUGGCUUCCUACCAUGUUGUUCAUUGCGGGGUCCACAACCCAACCAAACCACAACAAAAAUCCAAAAAUACCCUUGCACCUUCACAAAAAAUACACUCCUAAUGUUUUUCUUCUCUGGUUUCCAUUCCCUGGUUUCGUCACCAUGCCACCGACACUGUCAUUCACACUCGCACACUACCUUACGUUGUUGGUGACAGUUCUGUUAGUGGUCGUCGAAGCGCAUUUGCCGGCGACCGGAAUCGCCAGCGAGCUUCCCACGUUCCGCGAAGCGCCGGCAUUCCGCAACGGAAGAGAAUGCCGCAACCGAGCGCACGGAGAGUCAGUCUUCCACAUCGCGAUGACGCUGGACGCGACCUACCUCCGCGGAUCCAUCGCUGGCGUGUUCUCCGUGCUGCAACACACGUCGUGUCCGGAGAACGUUGUAUUCCACUUCAUCGCCACCACGCACCGACGUGCAGAGCUCCGGCGCAUAAUAACGACGACGUUCCCGUACCUAGCCUUCCACCUCUACCACUUCGACGCAAACCUCGUGCGGGGCAAGAUCUCGUAUUCGAUCCGACGUGCACUGGACCAGCCGCUGAACUACGCGCGGAUGUAUCUAGCUGACUUGCUCCCGGCGAACGUCAGGCGAAUCAUCUACUUCGAUUCCGACCUCAUCGUUGUCGACGAUGUGGCGAAACUUUGGACAAUCGACCUCCACUCUCGUGUGCUUGGCGCGCCCGAAUACUGCCACGCCAACUUCACCAAUUACUUCACGCACCGCUUCUGGUCGAACCCGAGCUACGCGGCGUCGUUUAAGGGACGCGUCGCCUGCUACUUCAACACCGGUGUGAUGGUGAUCGAUCUGUGGAAGUGGCGAGAGGGAAGAUACACGGAAAAGCUCGAGACGUGGAUGCGUAUCCAGAAGCGGAACCGGAUCUACGAGCUCGGAUCGUUGCCACCAUUUCUGCUUGUGUUCGCCGGCGACGUGGAGCGCGUGGGGCACCGAUGGAACCAGCACGGUCUCGGCGGCGACAAUCUUGAAGGUCUCUGCCGUGACCUUCAUCCCGGUCCAGUGAGCCUCCUCCACUGGAGCGGCAAGGGGAAGCCGUGGCUGCGAAUCGAUUCGAAGAAGCCUUGUCCGUUGGACAGUCUUUGGGCGCCGUACGAUCUCUUUCGGCACUCUCCCUCGCUGUUCUCCGAUUCGUAGAUAGGGUUUUGUCGAAGGUGCAUGGUUUUACCGUGGGGACUGAUUCACAAGAUUGUUGCUCCUCCGCUUGAACAAAGGGUGCGGUAUGAAAUGACGCGUAAGGGCACGCGAGUGUUAUUGAAAUUUGUUUACGCGUGGUUGAAGGGUGAUGCUUGUGUGUGUUUGGAGGGUAUGAUACGAUACGAUUGGUGUCAUCGUAGCAUAGAUUUGGAUGAAGAUGAUUGGAUAUUUAUUAUGUACAAUAUUCAGGGUAGAUACUAUACUAUAAAGUAUUCGUGGCUCUUCACCGAUUCUGCUUUCUUGCCUAGGAUGAGGAUUCUUCGGCUAAGUUGUAGUGUUCUUUAGUUUUACUGAUGAAUAAAAGAAUCAAGUCUGGGUGGAAUGGUUUAAAUGGCAA